AUGGCGGAGGCAGCGGGAACCGCGGCUGACGAGGAGGCGAGGCCCGACGUGAAGACCCUGCAGGCUCUGCGGGACAUGGCCAACCGCCUGCGCAUCCACUCCAUCCGGGCCACCUACAUCAGCAGCCCCGGGCACCCCUCGUCAUGCUACAGUGCCGCCGAGGUCAUGUCCGUGCUCUUCUUCCACACGAUGAGGUACAAGCAGUCGAAUCCUGAGAACGUGCACAACGACCGCUUCAUCCUCUCCAGGAGGCUGUCGUUUGUUGAAGUGCUCACAGGCUCGCUUGGGCAAGAACUGGGCACUGCCUGUGGAAUGGCUUAUACUGGCAGGUAUUUUGACAAGGCCAGCUAUCGGGUCUUCUGCCUUAUGGGAGAUGGCGAGACCUCAGAAGGCUCCAUCUGGGAGGCUUUGGCCUUCGCGUCCCACUACAAUCUGGACAACCUCGUGGCAAUCUUCAACGUGAACUGCUGGGGAAAGAGUGGCACCAUGCCCCCGAAGUACUUCCCAGAAACCUGUCGGAUGCGCUGCGAAGCCUUUGGGUGGAAUACUUUUGUCGUGGAUGGCCAUGACGUGGAGGCCUUGUGCCAAGUGUUCUGGCAAGCAGCUCAGGUGAAGAACAAGCCCACGGCUAUAGUUGCCAAGACCUUCAAGGGCCGGAGGAUUCCAAACGUUGAGGAUGCAGAAAACUGGCAUGGAAGGCCAAUGCCGAGAGAAAGAGCAGAUGCAAUUAUCAAAUUGAUUGAGAGCCAGAUACUGACCACCAAGGAGCUCAUACCGAAACCCCCUGUUGAAGACUCACCUCCCGUCAACAUCACGAACAUAGAAAUGACUUCUCCAACUACUUACAAAGUUGGCGACAAGGUGGCUACUCGGAAAGCGUAUGGUGUGGCUCUGGCUAAGCUGGGCCAUGCGAACGAAAGAGUCAUUGUCCUGGACAGUGACACCAAGAACUCCACCUUCUCUGAGCUCUUCAAGAAGGAACACCCCGAGCGCUUCGUCGAGUGUUUCAUUGCUGAGCAAAACAUGGUGAGUGUGGCCCUGGGCUGCGCCUCCCAUGGCCGCACCAUUGCUUUUGUGAGUAGCUUUGCUGCCUUUCUGACCCGGGCGUUCGACCAGAUCCGGAUGUGCGCCGCCUCUGAAGCCAACAUCAACUUUGUCGGCUCCCACUGUGGCGUGUCCGUCGGCGAGGACGGCCCCUCCCAGAUGGCCCUGGAGGAUCUAGCCAUGUUCCGAACCAUCCCCAAUUGCACUGUUUUCUAUCCGAGUGAUGCUGUCUCGACGGAGCAUGCAGUUUAUCUGGCCGCCAAUACCAAGGGAAUGUGCUUCAUUCGGACCAGCCGCCCAGAAACUCCAGUGAUUUAUACCCAGUAUGAGAGCUUUGAGAUUGGACAGGCCAAGGUUGUCCGCCACAGCGUCAAUGACAAAAUCACAGUCAUCGGAGCUGGAGUGACUCUGCAUGAAGCCUUAGCAGCUGCUGACGAUCUCGCUAAACAAGAUAUUCCUGUCCGUGUCAUCGACCUGUUUACCAUCAAACCCCUGGAUGCUGCCACCAUCAUCUCCAAUGCGAAAGCCACUGGCGGCCGCCUUCUUGUUGUGGAAGAUCACCACCAAGAAGGUGGCAUCGGGGAAGCCGUCUGUGCAGCAGUCUCCAUGGAGCCUGACAUCCUCGUGCAGCAGCUGGCAGUGUCAGGGGUGCCGCGAAGUGGGAGACCCAGCGAACUGCUGGAGAUGUUUGGAAUCAGCGCCAGACACAUCGUGGCAACUGUGAAGUGUCUUUUAGUGGAUGAAACCUGCCGGUUCCUUUAAAAGUCACUCUGUUGGCUCGGGCCUUCCAACACCAGCAUCUUUCUUCACAUGUUCAUGCUAGUUGUUACAAAUCCCUGCCUGUGUACCUGUUUCUCUUUAAAAGCCAAACCAGUAAACACUUUUCUAUCAUUCCUAGUUCAAGUUAACUACCUCUGUUAAACCCUGACUACAUAUACAAAGGUCACUCUCAUUUUUGAGUCAUUAAAGCGUGUUACAAAACUUUAGGUAGCAGAAGAACAAACAAAACCAUGACCAAAUAUUAAGUUUUCUGAUAAGACCACAGAUACCCAGCUGCCCCGUGGUUGGGAACCGAGUUGCUUAAAUGUGUGUAAUUUCCUUUGUAAGUAAAGAAAAUGUGGAUUAACUUGUGCCUGUCCGUAGCCCAGUGGGGAAGUCUCCACCCGUGUCAGACAUACCACCGUCCCUAGCCCUGCCUCGCACGCAGUGCUGCCUACCUGCAGCCUCCUGAGGCACAUGUGAGCACCGUUGCCUGGGAAUCUCCUCCAACAUUUGCCCUCAUCUCCCCUCUCCAGUUCAGAGGCUGGAGAGCAGCAGCAGGAGCUCUUAGGGUGUGUCGUGCUGCAGGCGCUGCCUGCUCUGGAAAGAGAAUUCAGAAGCAUGUCAUUUUCUCAGUGACCAAAGCAGACCACUCACCUUAUUCAC